GUGGUUGCUCCUUUUCCGGUGGUCAAUCCAGGAGUAGCAAGCCUCCAAGCGUCCAAAGCGACAGCCGACAGUCUAUGCUAGUGCUAUCUAGAGUACAUGUAUGUCUGGCUAGCUAGCUAUUAAUAGCUUCUUAUUAUUAGAAUAUCAAUGCCAUGGUCCAGAAGAUGAGCCCCUCGUACAAGACGCACAAGCGUAUCACCAAUGUGGACUUGGCAUUUCCCAAUGUGGUGAUCAGCACGGCUUCCCUGAAACGGGCCCGGAUACGGCGACGGCACAACAACUAUCGAUGCAUGGCCAUUAUUGUCUGUUGUGUCUUAUUUCUGGCGCACGUCUUUGAUCGCACCAUUCUAAGAUUGCCACCGGCAGAGAUACGCUUGGAUUUGUCGCACGUCCAAUGCAUUGAAGACUUGACUGUGGAUAACAUUGAUUCGUGGUGUUUGGUAACUGCAGCAUCGGACCAUCAUCAUCAUCAUGCAAACAGCAACAGCAACAGCAACAAUAAUAAUCACAACAGUCACAAAAAUUUGGAAAAGGAUGAUCAUGAUGCAUGUCCAUGUCGCAAUCCCUUGCAUCCAGAGGGCAGACCCGAAGAUGACGACUGGGAGAAAACGCACCAUGCCAAUAUGAAAGCUCUAGAAUCAGCGGAUCUGGAAUCCCUGGAUGUCAUCUUUCUAGGGGAUUCCAUUACCGAAGGCUGGAGUGGAACCUUCAAAGGCAAACCCGAUGUACGAGUACAGGGAUCUCCCGCCGUGUUUCAAUCGUACUUUUCCACGGCACAUGGUGCCAAAUUUGAGGGCCUCAAUUUGGGCAUUGCGGGAGAUGUCACUUCCGAAUUACUAUGGCGCAUGCAACAUGGGGAAUUGCCCACGGGCGGCGAACCAGAGGAUCGGACCAAACGUCCCUUGGUGUACUGGGUCUUGAUUGGGACCAACGAUUUGGGAAACAAGGGGUGCUCUGCGGAUAUUGUCAUUUUGGGAGUGAUUCGUGUGGUCGAAGAAAUCAAACUGCAUCAACCAUCGGCUACCGUUGUCAUUCAUGGAUUGUUGCCCCGGACAUUUGACAAACACAAGGGGUUCUUGAUGCACAGCACGGAUCGUAAAGUUCCCAUAUUGUGGCCCACCAUUACAAUCAUCAAUCGAGAAUUGGAACGAUACGCGCAAAAACGAGGCCCGGAAGUGGAAUAUUUCAACACCAAUGUCUUUUUCCGAAAUGCGACAGCACCCGAAAAGGAAUUACGGAUUGAACAGAGUCUCAUGUCCGACUUUCUUCAUCCCAAUGCAGCAGGAUACAAACGCUGGGGAGAAGAAAUCGCGGCCAAACUAGAGUCCAUUUUGGAAAACAGAUGAUGAGCUGAAGAGUUUUUUGUUGUUUAGGGAACGUUUUAUCGGUACAUGAAACCGUGCAUGAGUCGAGUCAGAAUUCCUUGGUUUCUUCCAGGCAGCAGAUGAGGAGCAUGAUCUGAACAAUCUACAAAUGCAGUAAUCUGGAGUAUCUUCCGAGUGGAUGGAACGUGAUUGCUGAUGGUUCCAAUGGGGUUGCACACAGUUUUGAAAAAUGACAAUAGCGAAGCAACCUGCCGAAUGCUUGACCAACCCAAGCCACAAUCUCUUUGCUACUGUAGCUAAGCUACUCCCGCCCGGUUGAUACUCUAUUAAUAGAAGAUAACACACAAUCCUGCUGAAGUGCUGACAAAGAUCAUUCCCACAAUACAGACUAGCUAGACCAUGUCUGUCCUCUUACGCUUGCGAUUGCAAUUUGGACAAAAGCCA